AUGAUUGAGAAAUAUCUCUCCCUCGCUAUCUCUUCCAUUUUCGCAUGGUUUUCAGCUCAACGGGGCCUUCUACCCCCGUCGCUUAUCGAUGGUCAUAAAUACCGACUGAAAAUCUUUGAAAGCCAUGAGGCAACCGAUUCUGCCUCUCGACUCCCGACAAUAGAAUAUGAAUCCAUACACGGUCUUCGAACGUUCGCCGAGCAACAUCAACAAAGCCUUGAGCUCGGGUACAGUAGAGCCCAAUUCAUCAAAGUCACACGCGUGCCUGGAGCCGUCUUCACAAGGCUUGAUAAACUAAGGCUUGGGGGGCGACUGAGUUAUGACUCCGCGACUCAAGAGCUCGUCAUUCGCCUCAUACCAUCAACCGGGCACGAAAGGAGUCAUGGCUUACUCAUGAGACAUAUCGAGCGCAAGCUAUCUGCACUUGGAGUUUCCGAGUACGAAAUGGACCCGCUAGGAGCCAGCACAAUCUGGGGCGACUUUACAUGCAAACAGGCCAACUCAAGUUUACGCCCCCUACCCCAGAGAUCUGACGAAUCCGACGCCCCGACCCUUGUGAUAGAAUGUGGGACGAGUAAAAAUAAGAGUGAGCUCCAAGAAGAUGCUAUAUGGUGGCUUACAGGCAUUCAUCCCCCCGUAAACAUCGUUAUCCUCAUCUUCAUGGACCUGCGACCCCGGACGAUCAAAAUCGAGGUUUGGAAAAUGCAACCGAGACCAGCCGACGAACGCAGUCCUCGCUGUCGAAUUGCCCAUCCUACCCACCCCGCAGCAGUAUCAAAGGUGAAGCUGAGACCCCUCGACAACGAAAACACUUAUCAUGCUUCCCGAGACCUUCGCCUUUCUUUCAGGGAUAUUAUGCUUCGCGACCCCCCUGUCGGGGGAAACGAGAUUGUGUUUUCAACGGAGGAGCUGGAAAGAUGGGCAAAGCGUAUUUAUGAUCAGAUACAUCCUCGGUGGAUGCCAUAUGGCUAG